AUGAGUAAACCGAGUACGAGAGCCAGAGGAGGCAGAGAGGAGGUUCUGGCGUUGCGUCAACUGCCUGGCAACGACCGCUGCGCCGACUGCAGUCAAACAGCACCGGACUGGGCCAGUCUCAACUUGGGUAUUUUGAUAUGUAUAGAGUGUUCUGGCACGCAUCGCAAUCUUGGAUCCCAUAUCUCGAGGAAUCCAUCAUUUACCUUAGUUUCGCUUCAUACACAAACCACUCACUUCUUUAGAGUACGAUCCCUCGAUCUCGAUGCCUGGCCAGUGGAAUUCCUGGCUGUCAUGCAAGCAAUAGGCAAUGAUGCUGCAAAUCGGUUAUGGGAAUAUCACGCACCAUCGGAUCGACGACCUCAGCCAGAUAGUCCAUUAGAGGUCAAAGAAGCGUGGAUUCGUGAC